AUGGACGCCGCCGCAUGGUCCAAGGACGCUCAACUGCCUUCGCUGCGUAGUCCUGAAGCCAUAAGCGACUCUGAGGAUGAAUCCACUGGUUACCUCGACGAGAGUGGAAGCAGCAGACUUACGUGCUGGAUCUGCCAUGAAGGAGACGAAGAGGAUCCACUCGUAUCCCCCUGCAGCUGCUCUGGCACCAUGGGCUUCGUGCACGUGUCUUGUCUGGAACACUGGCGGAACGAGCAGAACGUAGGCUACUGCGAGCUCUGCGGUCAGCCUUUCCACGUGGCGGCCCAACCCAAAAGCAUGUUCUGGUUCCUCCACUAUGUUUGGCAGAGCGAGGGGCACCAGAGACUCGCAUUGCUCAGCGACCUAUUCUACUUGGCCAUGGUGACGUCAGCCAUAGUGUUCUCCUUGGUCAUGCUGGUGGCAGCGUUGGGAGGGAUUCAGUCGGAGGGUGUUGUGUGGCGAUUCGCCAUCGUAGUUUUAGUAGGCAGCGCCUUCCUUGCUUACUGCUUGCAAUGUUCGUUCCAAAUGGUGCGCAAUCAGUACCAUUCGUUCUCGACGUGGCAUUUUGCAAACCCAGCGCGCCGGUUCGUGGCGGAGCCUUCGGUCAGAGAAGUGAAUGUUGGCCAGACAGAACGCAACGACGCGCGGGAAGCCGGCGAACCAUCGACGUGCGAUAGGCGUUGUCUCCGCUAG